AUGAUCAAUCCACUUUUCAACCCACUCCUUCUGGUCUCUUCUGUCAUCCUCUGUCAUUCUACACUCAUUCCAUCUGUCGCCGCCCAAAAAAAAGGAAAUGCGACACAGGAACACGACCCCAAGGCCUUCCUCGCCAACCUUCCCAACGUCCUCGAGAAAGCUCGUGCCGACGGCGGUGUUAAGGGUAUGAGUAUCGCCGUUAUCCAUAAGGGUGAACUCGUCUUUGCUCAAGGAUUCGGAAAGCGCAACCGCAACGAUCCAUUCACCAAGGAGACGGUGACCCACAUCGCGUCCGUUUCCAAGGCAUUCACCGCCACCGCGGUCGGAGAACUGGUUGCCAACGGCGAGGUCGACUGGAACGAGACACCCGUCUCUCAUUAUCUCCUCGAUUUCCAAUUGAAGGAUCCUGCCCUGACCUCUCAAUUGACUUUUGCCGACUUGUUGUCCCAUCGAACCCCCGUCCCCACGAUUGACUCGGCGUGGUACAGGAACAGCAAGCCUGCUAGAGAACUUAUCAAGCAAUUGAGAUAUCUCGACUUGCCGACAACCAAGAUGACCCCCUUUGUCAACUACAACAACAUCAUGUACGCCGUCGCCGGAGAGGCCGCCGCCAAUGUCGCUGGAAUGUCGUACCCCGAGUUGAUCAAAAGUAAGAUCUUUAAGCCCCUCGGUCUGAAGAGUGCCGGACUCUCGCAGCCCGAGAUGGCGAAACAGUCUAACUACGCGCUACCUUACGACGCCGCUUCUUUUGGCGAUGCCAAGAACGGGAUUUACGAGGAAGGGUUUAUCGAUCCGAUCCCCAUGCCCGAUGCCCCCGCUGGAGACAUUUUCAUGAACGUGAUGGACCUGGCCAAGUGGGGACGCGUGAUCUUGAAGGAGGGAGAGCUGGAUGGCAAGCAAGUCUUGAACAAGAAGAGCAUCCAGGAGACCCUCAAGGCUCAGAGUAUCGUGGAUGAUGAGGAGCGUCGACAAGGGUUUGCACCUACUGUUGGGUAUGGGUUUGGUUGGUUAUUGGACUCUUACAAGGGCCACACUUGUUUCAGACACGAUGGAUCGAACCCAGGCUACCAAUCGAUUUUGGCCUUUUUCCCAUACGACGAUCUUGUCAUUGCGCUCUUGACCAACGUCGACAACACUGACCUCCCCAACAGCUUGCCAUACUAUAUCGCUGACGGAAUGUUGGGUUUGCCCAAGUCGAUCGACUGGCUGUCGGUUACUAUUGAAAAGACAAAGGAGUUGUACGCCAAGGGCGGUGAUGACUUGCCAGAUCGGAUCGAGAACAAGCCUCCUAGUCACAAGUUGGUCGAGUACGCCGGUGAUUACACCCACCCCAUCUACGGCACGAUCGUCGUCACUCUCCAGAAGGACGGGAAAGCCCUGCACAUGAAGCUCAGGACUCUGGAGAUCCAGCUGGAGCACUACCACUACGAGUCGUUCAAGGGUCCUGUCCAUGAGUUCGGAUUGAAAGGGAAUGUGUUCUUGACCUUCGUCACGAGUGCUAAGGGCGAUGUUGAAGCGGUGGAGGCUCUUCUUCCUGAUGAAUCUGAUCCGUUGACAUUUGGUAAAGUAGAGGAGGAGGAAGAGUAA